AUGUCAAGAAUAAUAAUUAAUGACAAUACAUGGAUAGAAAUCAAGGAUCCACAUACUGCACAUAUCUUUUAUGCUAAUCCUGAAACUGGGGAAUGUUCAUGGGAACGGCCAAAAAACUCCAACAUACAACAAAAGGAUCCAAAGGGUGAAUGGUGGGAAUUAUGGGAUGAGGCUCAUCAAUUGCCGUAUUAUUAUCAUACAUUGACUGGUAGGACAGAAUGGAUUCAACCUGAAUUUGGUAAUGAAUGA